UGUUCACAGGACGUCUACUCUAUUACUCAGUUAGUACAGCGACUGGAAAGUCUGCACAUGUCAGCGAUAGUGAACACACAACAGGUAACUUUGGAAAGCAUUUCUAAUGGCUGUACAGCACAGGAACCAACCACCUGUUGCAGCCAAACAAAAUCAUCCCAGGUCUCAAAGCAGCAUCAUAAAACCCAGCUGAAGAUGCUGUCUCACAGAUGGCAGAGGCUUGGUCUUCAGCCUCCAAUCUUCUGGGACACACAAGAACACAUUUCUCAACAUAAACCUGAUGUAGAAACCAGACCAGAACUGGAAAUCCACCCCAUACAGGUCAGACGCGAACGACCAGAUGAGAUCAAGACAAUCAGUAAUUCCCUUUGUAGCAGAUCCAAUAACGAACCUCUUGAAGGAAAUGCAAUUGAACCAUCCAUAUCAUUUGAAUCUGAAAACAGUGACCUCUCUGACCAAGAGAAAUACAAUAAACCUAUAUUAAAAUGGGAAACUGCUGUAGAAUUGGACCUGAGGCCAGACUUAUUUGAUAGAGAUCUAGAACCUACAGUGACCGGAGAAGAAGAGCAAGUAUAUCCUGAGGUUCUUCCAUUUCCACUUAAAGAUCUUGACUUUAGUCAAUUCCAAGCCACAGCAGAUGAUUUGGAGAGCCAGCACAACUUGUGUUUAACUGACCCUUGUCUCCCAGCUAUGGCUGCACGCAUGAUGAAACUGGAGAAACUUCAGACUGCGACUAUACAGAAAGAACAAGGGAAAGUGGUGAGAUCUCAUCCAACAACUGCUUUAGUCCGAAGCGCCAAUCGUCUGAGACGUGUGGAAAGCCCUUGUUCUCAGGUAGAACACUCGAGGACUAAAGGCAACAAUUCAGUUUUAGAAGAUGUAACAAAACUCACCCUUUCUUCAAGCUCUCGUUCAAAGUCUAUGCAUCAUAAUCACCCGUCGCCAUUUGCUGGAAAGAUGUGGAUUGGAUUUCAGCAACCACCUAAGAAACUACACUCUGGUGUGGUAAAAUUAAAAAAGACUGAUGUCAUUGUUCAAGAUCUUGUUAAUUCGAGCAUGCCACAAAAAUGCAGUAGUCCAAAUAGCUCGAAGAGAUGCAAACCCUCAAAGAAAGCCAUGCCAAAGUCUCAGAAGACUUCUGAAAAGACUGGUGAUCCUGCUAAAGCUCUUUGCAGGAAAACAUGAUAUAAUUAUUUUGAAGGGUUUUAAGCUUUAAGAUUGACAGUGUGUAAGUACCUGUGUGCAUGUUACUGUAUUUAAUCUUGCAAAUUCAAAGUUGAGCUCCAUCAAUAACAUUUGUGGCAUGCUGUCAGUUACCACAGAAAAAUAACUUUAGUUUAGGGGAAAAAAAAAAAAAUCUUACACAGUAACCCAAAACAUUUCUUCAGUAGCUGUUUGUUUUUUGUGGGCUUUGGGGUGCUUUUUAUUGAUAGAGACAAGUGAUAAGGUACUUGUGCUAACCACAUGCAUCAAAAUUAACAGGAAUACAGUGUUAUUAACAUUCUACUUAAAAAUAAAAUAAAACCACAUUACAAGUCAUU